AAUUAACCACUUGCAUAUAAAGUCGGGAUCCACAAUUCUAACCCAAAAGCUUAAGCUGAUAGGUAGGGCUUCACCCUUCUAUAUAUGCAAGUGAUACUCAUCUUUAUUUUCCGAUUUGGGAACUCCAACACUCCCCCGCAAGUGAGCUCUAGAAUUUUUUAGAAUUUCUCCCAUUAAGGAACCCAACAUUCUUGUAUUCGUGUAGGAAAAGAAUAAUGUCCACCAUAUUCAAAUGUCCUUACAUUGAUGGCCGACGGCCGCACAGGGUAAAGGGCUGCAAGAUAAUCGCUACAACAUGGACAACGCGGUUGUGUUAUGUAGGGUCCUUCCAAUGUAUUCGGGUUGCGCUUCAUUUCCUUCGGGCUACUGUCGUUGCACGUUUCUUUGGGGCACUGUUCUUGAACUCUCUUUGGGCUGCUCUUCACUGUCUUCGGGAUGCUGUCCUUGCACGUUUCCUCGGGCUGCUGUCCUUGAACUAUCUUCGGGCUGCGCUCCAUUUUCUUUGGGUUGCUAUCCUUGCACGUUUGUCCGUGUUGCCGUCCUUGAACUCUCUUCGGCCUGCUGUCCUUGCACGUUUCUUCGGGCUGCGGUUCUUGAACUCUCUUCGGGUUGCUCUUCAUUUUCUUCGGGCUGCUGUCCUUGCAUCUGUGCUCUUCAUUUUCUUCUGUUUUGUUGGAAAUUGCACUUCUUGGAGGCCUGCAAACACACAUGAAUACGAAGAGGUUGGAGAACACAACGAGGCAGGUAAUCAGUGACACAUAACUAGCACAUUCAAAGCAAAAUCCUAAUGGUUCAUACUCAGCUCAGUAUGGGCAUAUCAACAAACUUGCUGCACAGUUUAAUGUAUCUAGAAAAACAGUGAGCAAGAUAUGGGCAAUUGCAAAGAAACAAAUAGAGCAGGGGGUUGCCAUCGAUGUGAGGAGUCGAAUGAUAGGAAAGAAGGGCAAGAAAAGGACAGUGAUGGA